CAAUUUUCCAAAUCGGGAACUUCUUCCGGGAGAGGGAUCCUCGGUUUCAGAGACGGGGCAGGCAGCGCAGGGAGCAAACGCAUCCGGCUUUAGGAUGCAGGUGCGGCUCAAGCGAGGCAUGGCAGCGGCGUCCUGUACGAAAUCGACGCCCUCAACACUGGGACUCUCUCACCUCGUUGAGUGGAGAUCGGGCCCAGACCUUCCGCCGGGCAGAUUGGAGUUUGCGGCCAGAUAGAAGUCUGCAAAGAAGCUUUCGUCCUAGGCAAACAGAUUGGUGCUCAAGCCAUGUUUGCAGCUAUUACCAGAAACAGGGGGAUUUCCAUGGAAGAGGAAUUCCUGGUACAAAGCAUGUGGGGGCAAUGGCAAGAGACAAUAUGAUUCGACAGGAGGAAAAUGGGUUUGAUAUUUUUAUUGAAAGCAAAAGUUUUCAUUUUGAAAUCAUUGAUUGCAAUGCUGUUCACGUUUCUAAAUCGAAAAAUGGAAUUUCUUCUGCUAUAAAUCUUGAUCUUGCUAGGGUUAAAUGGUUGAAGGACUCCAUACACAAGAUCUUUUCGGGUAAUAGAUUUUGUACUAGGAUGGAGUUGCAUAAAUCCCUUACUAUAUUUUAUGAUGCAAAUUAUUUUGGAGGAUUUGUCAGAAUAAUUGAGAGGGGAUAUGAUUCACUUUUUAUUCCGGAGGGAUGGAAUGGACAUGGGAUUAAUCUUUUUCUUUCUGGGUUAACAAAAGCAAUUACCUUGAUGAAUUCAAUUGCUUCAAAUAUAGCAAUUGAACAAGAUUCGGGUGAGGUUGUUUUGGAUACGAGGAGUAUGAAUUUGGACUUUCUACCUUUUGAUGGAGAUUAUCCUCAUUCUUGGGACACUGAGUUGUCCAUUUCAGGAGCUUUACUUCAAGUUGAUAUUGACCGUUUUGAAAAUCGCUCUUUGGAUUUGGUUACUAUUGAAGAUGUCCAAAACCCGUUGAUGAUUAUUGAACCUGAGCAAACCUCUGAUGAAUUUGUACAACUCAAGAAUUUUUUUCAUGACACUUUGACAAAUGGGGUGGACUCACUUUCACAUUACUUGCUUUGUGAAUUUGAGAGACUUCUUACUUCUACUUUGGGUAAUUUGACUAUGGGAUCCUGUAAUGAUGGAAAAACUUCUGAAAUAGAGAAUGCUACAGAACAAAAAGAAAACUCAGGUGGCGGUAUUAGAAGCGGUCAUGCUCAUCUAGGUGGGGUUUCUAGAGGCAACCUUUCUUAUGUUUUUGACUGUGAUGAAUUUUAUGGUGGUCCGGAUUCCAUAAUCUCGGGUGAUGAAUUUCUUGGUCAUGUCUCAGAAAACGAAAAAAGGGUUCCAUUUUCAACGAUGGAGGAUCUUUGGGACUCAGAUACAAAUGAGAUUAUUUGUCAAAAAGCACUAUUGGUUACGCCAGAUAAUUGCCUGCCUACUCAGAAUUUAAACACCCAAAAAAGAAUGUACAAGAAGAGGAAUCAACGAUCACAUCUUAUGAGAACUAGAUCUCAAACUCGAGCGGAACUAUGAAGAUGUGUCUGAGGGUUAAAGUUUAGUUUGGGAGGGUUUUUUAUUAUACUUUGGGUUGGGUAUUUAUGUUUAGCUUGUUUUUAAUUUGUUCUC